CCGUUCCACCGAGAUCUAUACGAGCUCGACUCACGCUCGCUAAUCAGGAAGUUCCUACCUCAAAAUGGCGCCAAUCAUUGUAUACCUGACCACAUCACUCUUGUUGUUCAACAGUCUUGGGCUCUGCCGGCGGCAGGAUCGAGAGCGAAGGCAAACUGCACACGACUUUGCAGUCGUCCAGGGUUUCAAGAAUUCCAUCACAUCAGAUCCAAAGGGUAUUACGAAGAGUUGGGGCGGCGGCCCCGGCGCUCCAACCGGCGGCGGCGGUGGCGGCAAGGGCAAGGGCUUCGCUCCGCCCAAGGCCCCGUCUUUCAAGUCUCCCAAAGGUCCUGCUCCGGGUCCUGCUCCUGGUCCUGCUCCUGCUCCUACCGACAACCCUUACCCUGGUUGUAACGACACUCCGCCCUAUUGCGGUUAUUAUAAGCAAGACUACUAUCCACCAACCAGUGGUGGCGGAUCGCCUCCGACUGACCCCCCGACUGACACCCUGACUGACCCCCCGACUGACCCCCCGACUGACCCCCCGACCGACCCCCCGACCGACGCCCCAGCCGACGGUGGUGGUGAUGGCGGCGCUCAUACAUGUGGCGUAUUCCAAGGGACCGUUUGGCAGAUGUUCUGCAAGCGCGCAUACUCGACUGCUGAAUUUUUGGGUCUGUAGCACGAUGAGGUGGAUGCUGCGGUGCAGGAGAGCGGGGAGGUGGAAGUGAAGUGAGCAAUGACCGGUGGCGUGGGCAUGCGUAGCAAUGGAGGGAGCUCAAGGCUAGAAUGGAACGGUGGAAUGGUACUGCGAUUAGGCAUAGGCAUGCGCAACGCGCUCAAACUGCUCUCGGCCUUUUUUUUUCUUCGCC